GUUCUUUGUUCGUGAAUAGACUACUAUUUUAGUUAUGGCCUCAGUGAAGCGAAAGAACGUUGUUGAAGAAGAGGAAAGCGAUGAGCUUACAUUUCUGCCAUUAGGCUCUGGACAAGAAGUUGGACGAUCAUGCCAUCUGUUGACUUUCAAAGGGAAGAAAGUUCUGUUAGAUAUGGGCAUCCAUCCGGGCCUUUCUGGAAUGGAUGCUAUACCAUUUGUGGAUCUCAUCGAAGCCUCAGAAGUCGACAUUCUUCUCAUCAGCCAUUUUCACUUGGACCACUGUGGAGCUUUGCCGUGGUUUUUGCUGAAAAGUAAUUUCAGGGGACGGUGUUUUAUGACACAUGCAUCGAAAGCCAUUUAUCGUUGGCUUUUGUCCGAUUACAUCAAAGUGAGCAACAUUGGUGCAGAUCAGAUGCUUUACACUGAAGCCGACUUAGAGGCCAGCAUGGAUCGCAUUGAAACAAUCAAUUUCCACGAGGAACGCGAAGUGAAUGGAAUUCGUUUUUGGGCCUACACCGCUGGACAUGUACUUGGAGCUGCCAUGUUCAUGAUUGAAAUAGCCGGUGUAAAGAUUCUAUACACUGGCGAUUUCUCUCGUGAGGAGGACCGACACUUAUGUGCUGCUGAAAUUCCAGCGGUGAAACCCGAUGUGCUGAUUACGGAAUCCACAUACGGAACACAUAUGCACGAAGAACGGGAAGUACGUGAAGCGAGAUUCACGCAUUUGGUACAAGACAUCGUUUCUCAUGGUGGCCGAUGUCUAAUUCCUGUGUUUGCUCUUGGACGAGCCCAAGAAUUGUUGCUGAUUUUAGACGAAUUUUGGCAUCAUCAUCCUGAGCUGCACGAGAUCCCGAUAUACUACGCGUCUUCGCUGGCAAAGAAGUGUAUGGGUGUCUACCAAACCUACAUUAAUGCUAUGAAUGACAAAAUCAAGCGUUUGAUCACAAUUGCAAACCCAUUCAUGUUCAAGCAUAUUUCCAACUUGAAGAGUAUUGACCAGUUCGACGACAUCGGCCCGUGUGUCAUAAUGGCUUCACCGGGUAUGAUGCAAAGUGGAUUGUCACGAGAGCUGUUCGAGAUGUGGUGCACUGAUCCCAAGAACGGCGUUAUUAUUGCUGGGUAUUGUGUGGAAGGAACGUUGGCGAAAAGUAUUCUUGCGGAGCCCGAGGAAAUUACUACGAUGUCUGGGCAGAAACUUCCUUUGAAAAUGCGUGUCAACUACAUCUCAUUUUCUGCGCAUGCUGAUUACAAGCAAAUCAGUCAGUUUGUGCGGGCAUUGAAGCCUCCAGAAAUCAUUCUUGUCCAUGGCGAGCAGAACGAAAUGGGCAGGUUGAAAGCAGCUCUAAUACGGGAAUAUGAGGACGACAAGGAGCACUCCAUCAAUGUGCACAACCCUAAAAAUGCACAGACCGUUUCGUUGAAAUUCAAGGGCGAAAAAACUGCUAAGGUGGUAGGAAAGCUGGCAGCUAAUGGUGCUGUCGAUGGUGCUAAGCUCACCGGGGUUGUCAUCAAGCGAAAUUUCAAGUACCACGUUAUGGAUCCUAGUGAUCUGAAAAGAUUUACCGAUAAAAGCAUCAGUGUGAUCAGUCAGCGUCAAAUGGUUCAUUUUUCCGGAUCAUACAAGCUUCUGCGCUACCUUUUGACGCAACUAUGCCCUCGAUCCAUCGAAAUGGCCGAAGCAACGCCUGGGUAUCCGAGUAACGCUCGGAUAAUGAAAGUCUUUGACAACAUCACAGUGGUUCAUCAGCCUAACCUCGUCACGUUGGAGUGGGAGGCUGAUCCCAUGAACGAUACUUACGUUGACGGGAUUAUGGUGGCUAUACUGCACGUGGAGCAGCUCAAUUUGUCCUCGACUAAACAGGUACCAGCGAUCAACAAACGUGACAUGAACCAUUUCAAGACGUGUCUCGUUGAAAUGUUGGUUGACAUGUUCGGGGAGGAAUCUGUGCCUAAAGCCAUAGAUGGAGACAGUUUUGAAGUGAAAGCUGGCGGAAACGUUGCGCACGUUGAUCUCAAGCAUUUGAUGGUUACUUGCGAAGACGAAAAGCUGAAGAAAAUUGUCCACACUGCUGUUUUUCGAUUGCAUCAAACGAUGGGCCCCGAGCCAGAUGCGGAGCCGGAUCUCGCCCUCGUUGCCGGAAAGUGAAAUAGCGCGAUCUGUGCGGUUUCUCGCCUUUUUAUUUCUUUCUUUUUAUUUUUAACUGUUGGAAAUGCAGGCUCGUGUGUUUUGUUACGAUGAUACGGGGGUUGAUGAGUGGUGCCUGUGAAUCGAAGCGUGUCUUCCACGCCUGCGCUAGUACUUGACCAAUACGGAAGUUUCCUUUCGUUGUCGCUAAAUUUUGAGGAUUUUUGUUCUAUUUAACUGCGAAAUAGUUUUUCAUUAAAAGUGCCCU